GUUCCUGAGUCAGCUCCCUAAUCAAACAGCAGCUAAAUGGAAUGAGUAGGUGUUGCUUCAGCACAUCGGAGGUCAGCGGUUUCAUAUCCGGGAUUUCUGUGGGGCAGUCAGCUGACAGCAGUCAGGCUGCUGUGUGAGAACUUCGACAAGAAACUGAUUAAAACCCAAGUAAUCUCUGAUCAAGUAAACAUGGCAUCUAAUCCACCCACACUGAAGAUUGAGAUAACUUCCAAUGAAAGGCUGAAAAACUUGAAGGAUCAUUUUGAAGCAAAGUUUGGAGAAUCUCCUCUCUUCUAUGCAUGUGCACCUGGAAGGGUAAAUCUAAUAGGCGAGCACAUUGACUACUGUGGAUACUCAGUCCUGCCAAUGGCCAUCGAGCAGAACAUCCUGGCCGCCGUGUCUGUGAACAACUCCGGAACGAUCCAGCUGGCAAACACAAAUCCUCAGUACCAAGAUUUUAAAGUGUCCUGCUCAGAGGACAUUGUCAUAGACAGAGAAAAUCCAAAGUGGUAUUAUUAUUUUCUCUGUGGAGUCAAAGGUAUCCAGGAGAAGUUUGGGAUUGGUUGUCUGGCUGGAAUGUCUUGUGUUGUUGAUGGAACCAUUCCUCCCAGUUCCGGUCUGUCCAGUUCAAGUGCCUUAGUUUGCUGUUCUGGCCUCUUAACAAUGGAGGCAAACCAGAAGUCUCUUUCUAAGGUGGAUCUAGCUGAGAUAUGUACCAAAAGUGAGCGCUACAUCGGGACAGAGGGAGGAGGCAUGGACCAGUCCAUAUCAUUCCUGGCAGAGAAAGGAACUGCGAAGCUGAUAGAGUUCCAGCCUCUGAGGGCCACCGAUGUCAAGCUCCCAGACGGGGCCGUGUUUGUGAUCUCCAACUGCUGCGUUGAGAUGAACAAAGCUGCUUCUUCUCACUACAACAUCCGGGUGGUGGAAUGUCGGAUUGCAACAAAGAUGUUGGCGCAGGCUCGAGGCCUGGAUCCGAGCAGGUUGGUGAAGCUCUUUCAGGUUCAGACGGAGCUGAAGGCCUCCCUGGAGGAGAUGCUGGCCCUGGUGGACGAGGUGCUGCAUCCUGAGCCGUACAGCCGUGAGGAGAUCUGUAAAGUGCUGGGCAUCACCACCGAGCAGAUGUGCACAGAGCUGCUGAGCGCUAACACUCAGCAUGUAACAAAUUUCAAGCUUCACCAGCGAGCCAAGCAUGUGUACGGUGAAGCUGAACGCGUGAUGAGGUUUAAGAGCGUUUGCGACGCUGGAGCUGCAGGAUCCAUAACCCUGCUGGGAGAGCUGAUGAACCAGAGCCAUGCAAGCUGCAGAGACCUGUACGAGUGCAGCUGCCCAGAACUGGACCGGCUGGUGGACAUCUGUCUGAAGUCGGGAGCCGUCGGCUCCAGGUUGACCGGAGCGGGCUGGGGAGGCUGUGCUGUUUCCAUGGUUACCGGCGAGAAGGCGGCGUCUUUCCUCCGAGCCGUCAGAGAUGCUUACUACACGCCGGACCCACGCAGAGCGGCGAUGGAGAAACAAAGUCUGUUUGUGACGAAGCCGGCGGGAGGAGCUGCAAUCCUACUGGAGGAGUGAAUUACAUAACCGAUGUUUACUUGUUUAUUUUGCAAACAAAUCAACUAAAACAAAUGCAAACUGUAAUUUUUUUUUUUACAUUCAGAAGGUGGAAUUUAGGAUGUUAAUCUUUUUUUUUUUUUUUUUUGCUUUUCUACAGGUGGGAACAUAAGGGCCAAAUAUGCACUUUUGUGAUAUUUUCUUAUGAUUUUCUAAAAAAUUAAUCUGGGAGAUGAUGUCAGAUGAUUUUGUACCCAAAAAUAAAACCAAGCUGUAAAAUCAACUGUAUUUGUACAGUAUAAAAUACUGGUACACUUUAUUAAGGAAUAAGUAAUAUCCAAACAAGUUUAAUUAAAAGGCAAAAGAAUAAAAACACGGACGGUUCAAUUCACUAAAUCUAAAACAAAACCAAUGGAAACUGUAAUAAAAAAAAACAAAACAGGAAAUUAUGGUGCUAUUUUUUUUUAAAACUUUUCUAUAAAUGGUGACAGAAGGGCAAAAUAUCCAUCUGUAAGUGUGAUAUGUAUUUUCUUGAUUUUUUUAAAAAUUAAUCUGGGGGAUGAUGUCAAAUGAUUUUCCACCCAAAAAUAAAACCAAACUCUAAAAAACUUUA